UAUACUUACGUAUAAAUUUGAAAAACGUGUCUAAACGCAAAGAAAAACGUCAGCGGCUGAUGAGCGGCUGGCCAAAAUAAGUACGAGAGGGGGUAAAAUAAGUAUAUAAGACAUAUAAGUACAACAUUUACGACAAAGUGUUGGCGUUCGAGAGCAUUCGACGUGCGCAUCUCUCAUCAGUUGCAACGAAGAACGGGAGGAACUCGAACCUUAUCGUGCUUGGCAAUAUAGUAUUAAUAUUUCAAGUUGUGAAGUUAUUGCAUCAUCCGCUGAGUCAACAACAACCACACACAGCUGAAUCAUGUUGCUAGUACGAGUGUGCCGUAGUACGCUUGUACCACAAACCAAAACGUUAUUCAAGCUUCCUACGAUAACUAAACCACAGCUAACGAAAAUUCAAAACAUCAGACUGUUUGCCGAUGAAGGACGGACUUCGUUUACCAGGAGUGCCAGGAGACGAGCUACCAUCACUGAACAGGCAAUGGCUCCAGCUGGUGAAUCAGCAUUCAAAGUUGGACAAGGAGCUGUAGCUGGAGGAGCUCUUGUAGGAAUCGGAGCACUUUGUUAUUAUGGUUUAGGUCUGUCUUCUUCCACAGGUGCCAUAGAUAGAGCAGGAUUAUGGCCCCAAUAUGUCACAGAUAGAAUUCAUACGACCUACAUGUAUUUUGGUACUUCUAUAGCAUCGAGUGCUGCAGCAGCAGCUAUUUGCUUGAGAUCUCCAGCCAUGAUGAAUCUGGUUAUGCGUCAAGGAUGGUUAGCAAUGAUUGGUACAAUGGUUGCUAUGAUUGGUACUGGAAUGGUGGCACAGAGUAUUCCGUACAAGGAGGGAUUUGGACCUAAGCAAAUGGCUUUUCUACUCCAUACUAGCGUUAUUGGCACGGUUCUGGCUCCCUUAUGCCUAUUAGGUGGUCCCUUAAUCAUGAGAGCUGCUUUGUACACAGCUGGUGUUGUGGGAGGUUUAUCGGCUGUAGCUGUGUGCGCACCUUCUGAAAAGUUUUUAUCAAUGGGCGGACCUCUGGCUAUUGGUUUGGGGGUAGUGUUUUGCAGCAGCUUGGGUACAAUGUUCCUUCCUCCCACUACAGCACUUGGGGCAGGGUUGCACUCUAUAGCUCUUUACGGAGGACUAUUACUCUUUUCUGGAUUUCUUCUCUACGAUACACAGCGCAUUAUCAAGAAAGCAGAAACCAUGCCUCAGUACAGUUACGAUACAAUGGCUCCUUUUGAUCCAAUAAACAGUGCUAUCUCCAUUUACAUGGAUACUGUCAACAUAUUUAUUAGAAUUCUCACAAUUUUGGCUGGUGGUGGAAACAGGCGCAAAUAAAUCCAUACCAACUAGUUGAAUUCAUUUCAUUAUUUGUGAAUAAAUGUAAAAUAAUUAAAUUAUCAAGUAUUACUUUUUUUUUUUUUUAAUGAGAUAUUAUUCUAUGAGAUAUUUGAAUACUAUUGAUGAUGCCAGUAGAAUAACUUUGUAGUUAAUUAUUUAUCUCGCGUGUUACCUUGAAUUUGGCACAUUGGUUUCAAAGUUUGACAAAUAAACAUUUAAUAACUAAUAUGAAAGUUACGAAAAUCUCUGUAUUAGGAAAUCCACCUGAAAAUAAAAUUGUAAUACAAUAA